AAAAAGAAAACGAGAAAGAAAUAAAGAAGUUUUUAAAAAGGGUCCUUUUUUUUUAUAAAUCUUUUCUUCUUCUUCUUCUUCUUCUUCUUCUUUUGCUGCUGGUGGUUCACUUGGAAAUAAUAAUAAACCAGAGGGGCAGAUACAUAAACCAGGAAACGAUGAACUCGACGCUCACAGACUCGACUCCUUAUCAGCUCAACUGGUUGGAGAUCCAAUGGGCUCAAAUGUACGAGGGUCGCAACCCUUUGGUGGUUACAGGCAUCUUUGCCUUUCUCUUGCACGAACUGGUUUACUUUGGCAGAUUUAUUCCAUUUUUGAUUUGCGAUUUUAUUCCUUACUUCCAACGCUACAAACUCCAACCCAAAAAAAUCAAUUCCAAAGAUGAUUACUGGAAGUGCACAAAGAGUGUCCUCUACCAACACUUUGCUUUCGAGGGUCCUUUGAUCUUGCUUUUCCACCCCAUGGCCAGCCUACUAGGCAUCGAUAUUGACGUUCCUUUUCCUUCUUGGUCCGUGAUUGCUGUUCAGAUGGGAAUCUUCUUUUUCAUCGAAGACUUUUAUCACUACGUUGUCCACCGUAUCAUGCACUGGCCUCCAUUGUACAAAAAGGUUCACAAGAUCCACCACGAGUACUCUGCACCCUUUGGUAUUGCUGCCGAAUACGCCCACCCUAUCGAAACCUCGAUCCUCGGACUUGGUACCAUCGGCGGUCCUUUGUUCUACCACGCCGUCGUCAAAUACUUCUUCAGUUCCAGUCCCGGGUGGAACCUUCACUUGUUCUCGAUGCUGGUCUGGAUCGUCUUGCGUCUCGUACAGGCCAUCGACGCCCACUCUGGAUACGACUUCCCUUGGUCUCUCUGCCACUGGAUCCCCUUCUGGGCAGGCGCCGAGCACCACGACUACCACCACCAAGCAUUCGUCGGUAACUACGCUUCCUCGUUCCGCUGGUGGGACUAUAUAUUUGGAACCGACAAGAAGUACCGCGCUUAUCGCAAGCAGCAAGCAGCAGCCAAACGCUCCUUGGAUAAGAAAAAGGCAUUGUAAAUUCUUUAUUGUUAUUAUUAUUAUUAUUAUUAUUAUUAUUAUUAUUAUUAUUAUCUUCUUCUUCGUCUUCUUCUUUACCUAGCUUUAAUAGUACAUUUUAUAUUACAACAAACACUAGAAAACCCCCCCUCCUCUCUAUUCUAUUCUCUUCCCUUUCCUUCCCUUCCCUUCCCUUCGCUUCUCUUAUUAUCCUACGUUUUUAUUGUUUUGUCUUUCUUUCUUCGUUUCUACUUUACACCUUACUUCCCUCUAAUUUAACCACGCAAUAAAACAAAUUGAACCAUUCUG